AGGAGAAUGAGUCGUGUGGAGGGUCUGAGGGCCAACUCCUCCCAGUUCACUCUGGAAGGAGAGCCCUUCCGCAUCCUGGGAGGCUCCAUCCAUUACUUCCGUGUGCCCAGAGCCUACUGGGAGGACCGGCUGCUGAAGAUGAGGGCCUGUGGCCUCAACACUGUGACAACAUAUGUGCCAUGGAACCUGCAUGAGCCUGAGAGAGGAGUGUUCAACUUCCAGGACCAGCUGGACCUUAAGGCCUUUAUCAGUUUAGCAGCACAGUUGGGUCUCUGGGUGAUUCUGCGUCCUGGACCUUACAUCUGCGCUGAGUGGGAUUUGGGGGGGUUGCCUAGCUGGUUGUUACAAGAUAAGAACAUGCAGCUGAGGACAAUGUAUCCUGGAUUUGUGGUAGCUGUUAACUCCUACUUAGACAAGCUCGCGUCACUUAUCAAACCCCUGAUGUUUGAAGAGGGAGGUCCAAUUAUUGCAGUUCAAGUUGAGAAUGAGUACGGAUCAUACGCCAAGGAUGAUAAAUACAUGCCAUUCAUAAAGAAUUGUCUCCAGUCCCGUGGUAUCAAUGAGCUCCUGCUGACUUCAGACAACUGGGAGGGUCUGAGAUGUGGAGGGGUCGAGGGAGCGCUAAAAACAGUAAACCUUCAGAGACUGUCCUUUGGAGCCAUACAGUAUUUGGCUGACAUGCAGCCCCAGAAACCUCUAAUGGUGAUGGAGUAUUGGUGCGGGUGGUUUGACGUCUGGGGGGAGCAUCACCAUGUUUUCCAAGCUGAAGACAUGCUAGCUGUGGUGUCAGAGCUCCUGGAUCGAGGUGUCUCCAUCAACCUGUACAUGUUCCACGGAGGAACCAGUUUUGGCUUCAUGAACGGAGCCAUGGACUUUGGCACCUACAAACCUCAAGUUACCAGUUAUGAUUAUGAUGCUCCAUUAUCAGAGGCUGGGGACUACACUAUAAAAUAUCAGCUGCUGAGGAAUUUAUUCAGCCAGUACCACUCUGAGCCUCUCCCUGAAGUGCCCUCUGCUCAGGAGAGGAGAGCGUACCAGUCUGUUGUCAUCCAGCAGCACCUGUCACUGUGGGACAGCCUGCACUUCACUGACAAGCCACACAGAUCAGAGAGGCCAGUGAACAUGGAGAACCUCCCUGUCAACAAUAACAACGGUCAGUCGUAUGGAUACACACUGUACGAGACCGUCAUCACUGGAGGAGGAGCACUCAGCUCCAGGAACAACAUCAGAGACAGAGCGCUGGUUUUUGUGGACAGACAAGCUGUCGGCACUUUGGACUACAGGACUCAGGAGCUAGUGCUGCCUGAUGGAAAGGGAGAGAGACGGUUGAGCUUACUUGUGGAGAACUGUGGCAGAGUGAAUUAUGGGAAAGCCCUGGAUGAACAGCGUAAAGGUAUUGUGGGAGACAUUUUCUUGAAUCAUGCCCCUCUGAGAGGCUUUACCAUCCACUGUUUAGACAUGAAGCCUGGCUUUAUAAAGAGAUUAAGUGCGGCUCAGUGGAAGCCAGGCGACCAGCGCUGCUCCCUCCCGGGGUUUUUCCAGGCCAGACUGCAUGUGGACGACACUCCCAGAGACACGUUCCUCAGACUCCCUGGUUGGGGGAAAGGAGUUGUCUUCAUCAACGGGCAGAACCUGGGACGCCACUGGUUCGUUGGCCCCCAGCAGUUCCUGUACCUGCCGGCGCCUUGGCUCAGAAGUGGAGAGAACCAGAUCAUUGUUUUCGAGGAACACAGAACUGAUGAGAGAAUAGUAUUUGCUGAAACUCCUGAUCACGGGAAGACAAUUGAUGUUUACAAACUCCCUUUUUGCACCCUGCUGUGA